AUGUUCAAGCCAAUAUUUUAUUGGAUUCCAGGAAUUGAAAUAGAAUCUGCUGAACCAGUUGAUGUACUCAAAACAUUAGAAUUUCAUAAAUCUCCAGAAGGAAUAUCAAAAACAUCAGGAAUUUGCAUAAACAGAAAGAAUUCCAAAGGAUCUGAUGCUGCCUACCGAGUUUCAAAAACUGCACAACUCAGUGCCCCAACUAAACAAUUGUACCCAGGUGGAAAAUUUCCUGAAGACUUUUCAGUUCUGUUUACAAUAAAACCUAAAAAAGGAGUCCAAUCCUUUCUUUUAUCUAUCUACAAUGAACACGGCAUUCAGCAGGUUGGCAUUGAGGUGGGCAGGUCGCCCAUCUUCUUGUUUGAAGAUCAGAAUGGAAAGCCUGCCCCAGAAGACUAUCCCAUCUUUGGUACGGUCAAUAUUGCUGAUGGAAAGUGGCAUCGGGUGGCCAUUAGUGUGGAGAGGAAAUCAGUUACCAUGAUUGUGGACUGUAAGAAGAAAACCACAAAACCACUCGAGAGAAGCAGCCCGGCAGUCAUUGACACCAAUGGCAUUACUGUCUUUGGAACACGAAUUCUGGAUGAGGAGGUGUUUGAGGGUGAUAUCCAGCAGAUGCUGAUUGUUGGUGAUCCCAGAGCAGCCUAUGAUUACUGUGAGCACUACAGCCCAGACUGUGAUUCUCCUGUGCCCAAUGCUCCCCAGGCUCAAGAACCUCAAGUGGAGGAAUAUGGAACUGAAGAUUUAAUCGAAUAUGACUAUGACUAUGGGGAUCCAGAUUAUAAAGAUUAUAAAGAUUAUAAAGACCUUGAAACUGUAACAGAGGGACCCCCACUAUACGACGAGACUGUAGCAUACACUGAGGCCAAUGUUGUUGAUGAAUAUCAUGAGUACAAUGUGGCUGAAGUUGACUAUGGAACUGAAGCUUACCAGACUGCGAUUCCUACUCAGACCACUAGACGAAAUGAGCAACUUCCUGUUGAAGAAAUAUUUACUGAAGAAUACGUAACGGGAGAGGAUUAUAAUUCAAAGACUAAAAAUAAUGAGGAAACAGAUUAUGGAAACAGAGGAGUAGACCACAGCGAAGCUGAAGUUGUGGUAGAUGGAGAUUUAGGCGAAUAUGAUUUUUAUGAAUAUAAAGACUAUGAAAAGAAGCCAACCAGUUCUACUAAUGAGGAGUUUGGGCCUGGAGUUCCAGCAGAGACUGAUAUCACAGAAACAACCGUGAAUGGCCAUCAGGUAUAUGGAGAAAAAGGACAGAAAGGAGAAGCAGCUGUCAUUGAACCAGGAAUGCUCAUUGAAGGACCUCCAGGACCUCCAGGACCCCCAGGUAUUUCAGGCCCCGCUGGUAUGCAAGGCCCCAUUGGUCCUCCUGGUGACCCUGGUGAUAGGGGUCCACCAGGACGUUCUGGUCUUCCAGGGGCUGAUGGCUUACCUGGACCCCCGGGUACCAUGUUAAUGUUACCAUUCCGCUUUAGUGGGGGUGGUGAGAAGGGCCCAGCGAUCUCACCUCAGGAGGCUCAAGCUCAAGCUAUUCUUCAGCAGGCCAGGAUUGCAAUGAGAGGUCCCCCUGGUCCAAUGGGACUUACUGGAAGACCUGGUCCUGUGGGAAGUCCUGGCUCAUCUGGUAUCAAAGGUGACGGUGGAGAUCCAGGACCUCAGGGUCCUCGGGGCGUUCAAGGUCCACCUGGUCUGCCUGGAAAAUCUGGUAAAAGAGGUCGUCCUGGUGCAGAUGGAGCAAGAGGAAUGCCGGGAGAGACAGGUUCUAAGGGCGACAGAGGUUUUGAUGGGCUUCCUGGACUACCAGGUGAAAAAGGACACAGGGGAGAUCGUGGACCACAAGGGCCUCCUGGUGCUCCUGGGGAAGAUGGAAUGAGAGGAGAAGAUGGUGAGAUUGGACCAAGAGGCCUUCCAGGUGAAUCUGGUCCACGAGGGUUAUUGGGUCCAAGAGGAACUCCAGGACUACCAGGACAACCUGGAAUCCCAGGUGUUGAUGGACCACCAGGCCCAAAAGGAAACCUGGGUCCACAAGGGGAACCAGGACCCCCUGGGCAGCAAGGUAACCCAGGUCCACAGGGACUGCCAGGUCCACAAGGUCUAAUUGGCGUUCCAGGUGAAAAAGGUCCUCAGGGCAAACCUGGUCUGGCAGGACUUCCUGGUACUGAUGGCCCUCCUGGUCAUCCAGGCAAAGAAGGGCAGUCUGGAGAGAAAGGUGACACGGGUCCUGCAGGUCAUCAAGGACCAGUUGGCUAUCCUGGUCCCCGUGGUGUAAAGGGUGCUGAUGGCGUCCGAGGGCUAAAGGGUGGCAAAGGUGAAAAGGGUGAAGAUGGCUUCCCUGGAUUUAAAGGUGAUAUGGGCCUUAAGGGUGAUAGAGGUGAAGUUGGUUCUCUUGGUCCUCGAGGAGAAGAUGGCCCUGAAGGUCCCAAAGGUCGUGCAGGUCCCACAGGAGACUCCGGUGGCCCUGGCCAAGCUGGAGAAAAGGGUAAACUUGGUGUUCCUGGUUUGCCAGGGUAUCCAGGAAGACAAGGCCCUAAGGGAUCUACUGGGUUUCCUGGAUUUCCAGGUUCUAAUGGUGAGAAAGGAGGAAGGGGAUUACAUGGCAAACCAGGUCCAAGAGGACAAAGAGGACCCACAGGACCACGUGGAUCGAGAGGUGCAAGAGGUCCAACUGGAAAACCCGGACCAAAGGGCACUGCUGGGGGUGAUGGCCCACCUGGUCCGUCUGGUGAAAGGGGACCACAAGGGCCCCAGGGACCUGUUGGAUUUCCAGGACCUAAGGGACCUCCUGGACCACCUGGGAAAGAUGGCUUGCCUGGGCAUCCAGGACAACGUGGUGAAACUGGUUUUCAAGGGAAAACAGGCCCACCAGGCCCCGGUGGUGUUGUUGGACCUCAGGGUCCAACUGGGGAGACAGGUCCAAUUGGUGAAAGAGGUCACCCUGGACCUCCUGGGCCACCGGGUGAACAAGGACUUCCUGGUGCUGGAGGGAAAGAAGGCGCUAAGGGGGAUCCAGGUCCUCAAGGCAUUUCUGGGAAAGAUGGGCCUGCAGGACUGCGGGGUUUCCCAGGAGAAAGAGGCCUGCCAGGAACUCAGGGUGCACCAGGUCUGAAAGGCGGUGAAGGUCCUCAAGGCCCACCUGGUCCAAUUGGUUCUCCUGGUGAACGUGGCCCAGCAGGUACAGCAGGACCGAUUGGUUUACCAGGACGUCCUGGACCCCAAGGUCCCCCAGGCCCUGCAGGAGAAAAGGGAGGCCCGGGUGAAAAAGGUCCUCAGGGACCAGCUGGACGUGAUGGAAUACAGGGGCCUGUGGGUCUUCCUGGCCCUGCAGGACCAGCCGGUUCUCCUGGAGAAGAUGGCGACAAGGGUGAAAUUGGAGAGCCUGGUCAAAAAGGAAGUAAAGGUGACAAGGGAGAAAAUGGACCUUCAGGACCACCCGGUCUUCAGGGUCCCAUUGGUGCUCCUGGAAUAGCAGGAGGUGAUGGGGAGCCUGGUCCAAGAGGACAACAAGGAAUGUUCGGACAGAAAGGCGAUGAAGGUCCACGAGGCUUUCCUGGUCCUCCAGGACCUAUUGGCCUUCAGGGUCUUCCUGGGCCCCCAGGUGAAAAGGGUGAAAAUGGCGAUGUUGGUCCAAUGGGCCCUCCAGGUCCCCCUGGCCCUAGAGGCCCUCAAGGUCCAAGCGGAUCAGAUGGUCCUCAAGGUCCAUCAGGUUCAGCUGGCUCUGUUGGAGCAGUUGGUCAGAAGGGUGAGCCUGGAGAAGCUGGAAACCCUGGGCCCCCUGGAGAAGGUGGCACAACGGGUCCAAAAGGUGAAAGAGGUGAAAAAGGUGAAUCUGGGCCACCUGGAGCAGCAGGACCUCCUGGACUUAAAGGACCUCCAGGUGAUGAUGGUCCAAAGGGAAAUCCGGGCCCUGUUGGGUUCCCUGGUGAUCCUGGACCCCCUGGAGAACCAGGUCCAGCCGGAACUGAUGGCACAGGAGGGGAAAAAGGUGACGAUGGCGAUCCGGGCCAACCCGGGCCGCCAGGUCCUUCUGGUGAAGCAGGUCCCCCUGGCCCUCCUGGAAAGAGAGGGCCUCCUGGAGCAGCUGGCGCAGAAGGAAGACAAGGUGAAAAAGGAGCAAAGGGUGAGGCUGGAUCAGAGGGUGCUCCGGGAAAAACUGGCCCAGUUGGUCCUCAAGGUCCUGCAGGAAAAUCUGGCCCAGAAGGACUUAGGGGUAUUCCUGGCCCUGUGGGAGAACAAGGUUUACCUGGAGUACCUGGUCAAGAUGGCCCACCAGGUCCCAUGGGUCCACCCGGCUUGCCAGGAUUGAAAGGAGAUCCUGGUUCGAAAGGAGAAAAGGGACAUCCUGGAUUGAUUGGAUUGAUUGGACCUCCAGGAGAACAAGGAGAAAAGGGAGACAGGGGUCUGCCUGGUACACAGGGAUCUACGGGAUCAAAAGGAGAUGCGGGAAUUCCUGGACCAGCUGGCCCACUUGGUCCUCCGGGCCCUCCUGGUUUACCAGGUCCUCAAGGCCCCAAAGGUUCUAAAGGUUCAUCGGGUCCUGGUGGCCAGAAAGGUGAUGGUGGUUUACCCGGCCCUCCCGGCCCUCCUGGACCUCCAGGUGAGGUUAUUCAACCAUUGCCAAUGCAAGCCUCCAAAAAGUCCAAGAGAUCCAUAGAUGCCAAGCUAUCUGUUGCAGAAGAUUACACUGAUGGAAUGGAGGAGAUCUUUGGCUCACUGAGUUCUCUGAAAGAAGAUAUUGAACAUAUGAAAUACCCAAUUGGCACUCAGAACAACCCAGCUCGAACCUGCAAGGAUCUGCAGCUCUGUCACCCAGAUUUUCCAGAUGGAGAGUAUUGGAUUGAUCCUAACCAAGGGUGUACUGGGGACUCUUUCAAAGUAUACUGUAACUUCACAGCUGAUGGGGAAACUUGCAUCUAUCCAGAUAAAAAAUCAGAGGGAUUUAGGAUUUCAUCGUGGCCAAAGGAAAAUCCAGGAACCUGGUUUAGUGAAUUUAAGAGAGGCAAACUGCUUUCUUAUGUGGAUGCUGAAGGCACUUCUAUUAGCAUGGUACAAAUGACAUUCCUUAAACUGCUAAGUGCCUCUGCCCGACAAAACUUCACUUACAACUGUCAUCAGUCGGUAGCCUGGCAUGACGUCUCUUCUGACAGCUAUGACAAAGCAUUGAGGUUCUUAGGGUCAAAUGAUGAAGAGAUGUCUUAUGACAACAAUCCGUACAUCAAAGUGCUUCAUGAUGGCUGUGCAUCAAGAAAAGGCUAUGCAAAGACUGUUAUGGAAAUCAGUACUCCCAAAAUUGACCAACUGCCUAUCUUCGAUGUGAUGAUUAAUGACUUUGGUGAUCAAAAUCAGAAGUUUGGCUUUGAAGUGGGUCCAGUCUGUUUCCUUGGUUAAGUUUAGAGCAAAGAGCAAAUCUUCAAGAAGAAAAAUAUGCUAGGUGUCACCAUAUCAAUUCACUUGUGCCAUGUGUAAGUUUUAAUUCAGAAUGGAAUAGAUGAUGAGUUUCACCAAACAUGUAGGUCUUCUUUAGAAAACACCCACUGCCCAUUUUGGAGCAGAAUCACAUGACUUAAAUUUAUUUGGCAAAUGAUGAAAUGACCCUGUGUCACCGACAGGCAAGUUCAUCUUAUGAAUGUCCUAUC